GAUUAAUAUCUAUGAUGAUCUCUAUUCAGUAUAUUCAAAAUGGCAAGCAAGAGUUCGUUUUAGUUUUGUGACUAAAGGAAGAGACUGUGUUGUAAAUAGUAACUAGUCACAAAUUGAAACUUUACCUAAAAAUGCCUCAAAUAGUGACUAGAGACUGCUUUCAGAAUUCCGCUAUCAACCUCGCAUCACGUUAAACAUAGUGACGAUUCAUACAUUUCGCUUUUACUCGUUCGGUGCGUAAUAUUACGUUUGAAUUUAGUUAUAUUUGCCAAAUAAACACUUUGGAAAAAAGAUUCAUACCGCCAUACUAAUAUUAUAAAUGUGACACUAUGUUUGUUACGCUUUCACGCCGAAACGACGUAACUAAUCAUGAAACUUUGUACACAAAAUUACGGCUGCUUUCGUAAACGCAAUAUGCAAAGCUUACAUGCCUUGCAUACUAUCCGUAAACGCCACUGCAAUAAUUUAGACAAAGUAUUGAAUUCAUAAAUGAAUGACAACCCUAUUUCAUGCGCAUGAGUUGUCAAAAUAUGCAUGACUUUUGUUUUACAUGCAUUGCAGUCAAAAGAAACGGCAAGAGUUGAAAUGGAUGUUUCGCCAAUGAAUGAUAAAAAGUGGACGCAUGAGCGUAAAAAAUUGCUCAUGUCAAUAAGACUUCGCCAUGAAAGUGACUUCACCGCCAAAAUAAAAAAAAAACGCAGCACAAUUUGGCAAACAAUUCGACGGGAAAUUCAAGAAGCGGACAAUACGUUUGCCCCUUCAGUGAAUGAGAUAACGCGCUGCUUCACCAAUAUGUUGGGGACGUAUAGAAGAAUAAAAAGAAGAAAUGGAACGUCCGGUGAGUCUGCCACAAAUUGGGACUUUUUUGAUGGGAUGGAUGAUGUUUAUGGUACACGUAGCAGUAUAUCUGUACCUGAUAACAUGCUCGAUUAUUCUUUGAAUCAACUAACUUAUGAUUUAUCAUCAAAUGAUACUCCAUCGCCUUCACCUUCUGCACCAUCAUCAGAGCACUACUUGGGUGAAGUUGGAACUGCCCAAAAACGGAAGAGAAAUGAAGUCAUUGAGUUCUUGGCCUCCGAAUCGGGAAAAACAAGCAAUAUUGUUAGAGGCACUGGUGGAGAGUGAGAAGGAAAAAGUAAACAUUGAAAAGCAAAAAGUGCAGGAACUAAGAUCCAUACGAAAUUUAUAUGAGAAAAUAUUAGAACGUAAUCUUAAUACCUAAUUUUUUAAUGACUUAAUUUAAGUUUGUUUUUUUUAAAUAUGCAAUGAAUUUUUAAGUUUAACAAAUGUACAAGCGUUUUGACAAUGAAUGUGAUUUUAAUUUUAAUAAAACUAAUCUUUCCAAAAAGCAAUAAUAAAUAGCUGUGUCUUAGUAAGGCUAAUGUUCGAUUGGGAGUGGGAGUGGCAGUGGAAUUUGGCAAGGGAAACGGAUAGCAAAAGGUGCUGCAGGGAAGGAGGGGAUUGAGGCGUCUUUGUAGCAGGUAAACGAACCGGGAUUACUAGUUUUAUAUCAAAUUCAUGUUUUAUUACUUAAAAAACAGUUAAUAUUUCAUUACUUAUGCAGAUAGUAAAGUGGCAUUGGCGUCCCGUUUAUUUUUGGCUUGUUCUCUCUGUCGACUUGUAGUUGGUAAUUGUGAUAAGCUAUUUUCGAUAUUAAAUGGUUCAAUUUGUUCUUUUUCACUUAUGACGCAGGGUUCAUCAGUCUCAUUUUCGAUAAUAAUAUUAUGAAGAAUUAUACAGGCCAUCGUGAUAGUUUUUGGUAAAUGUGCAUGUAGCACAUCAAUAUAUUUCAAAAUACGGAAUUUUUUUUUCAAUAUUCCAAAUGCCUGUUCUAUAUGAACUCUUGUUGAGCAUAAAAUUUUCUUAUAUUGAACUUCUUUAGGUGUUAAAAAACCAUUGUCUCUAUAAGGUACCAUUAGGAAGGUUUCCUGCGGAUAUGCGGAAUCGCCUAAUAAAUGGUAACCGGAACAAAUUUUUAAUUCUCCCUUGACUAUUGACUUUCUAAUAGGACUCAUUUUCUAUAUAGCAGCAUCGUGGCAUCGUCCGGGGCAGCCAAUAAACACAUCUAUGAACUUAAGAUGACUAUUCACAAUUGCCUAAACAAGUUCAAUUAAUUAUAAAUGAACAAUUUUUAAUAAAGCUUAACAUUCUUACUUGGACAACAAUUGAAACUUCCCCUUCCUAUUAUAAAAACUAAUACUGUCCUUAACUGGUUGUGAGAUGGAAAUGUGCGUACCAUCUAUACAACCUAUGACAUAUGGGAACGGAUGGCUGCGUUUAGCUGAAAAUUUGUCAAAUUUUUGUUUUUGUUCUGCAACAGUAUUUGGGAUUUUUAUGACAUCUUUUUUUUAAGCAACAAAUUGUUUUUAGGGUUCUAAUAAAUAGUUUAUAGCUGGUUCCCAUUGCCAUAUUGAAUCUGUUGCUGACAUCUCUAAAUGAUGUGUUGUUGCUAAGUUUCCAUAUAGUUGCGUACAGCGCUUUUUCCAACGAAACUUCAUUACGACCAGUGCACUUUGACACCCAGUAUGGUUUCAACAUGUUUAGAAGAAUCUAAACAUUACAGAUUUAAUAUACAUAUACAUAUGUGUGUAACUAAUUAUUUAGUUGAAAGUCACCUUAAAGGUUGAUUUUUCCAUUCGAAAAUGUGAACGAAAAACAUCAUUCUGCAUACCCGCAAUGCUCUUUGAAAAGUUUUUAAUUUUUAAAAUUCGUCCUUUAUUUUCACAUCGGUAAGCUGUUGGUUUUUUUAUAAAAUUUUUAGCAAUUGUUAAGCUAUUACUACUACUUGUAGUUUCUGCCAAGGUAAUCGCAUUUCCUAAUGUGCUCAAUAAUAAAUCAUCCAUUUUUGUAAACACAAAAAAUUUAUUUAUUAACACAACUAACUCUAACAGCUGUAGACAAUGCACAUGGGCAUUCAUAAACGCCAUAUAAAUACAUUGCAUAUUUUCGUAAAGCAGGGUUGCAAUGCAUAAAUGCAUGGCAUGGCAUGGGCAUCUGUUUUAAAAAUUCUUUGUAUAUUGCGUUUACGAAAGCAGCCUACAGCUGCGAACAUGAAAAUAUCAGUUCAUAACAUAAAAAAUAACAUAAUCUGACAAAUCAGUACAAUUUAUGUAACCAUCAAAAUGUUUUGAAAAUAACGUCAAAUUCCAACGUAAGCACGUCUUUCAAUGAAACAUUAAAAAGGCAGUGUUUGAGAAAUCAAAAUUUACUUUCACUUCAAACGUAAAAAUGCGAAUAUUUUUUAACAAAUAAAGUAAAAGUGAUUUUUAUUUGUGUAAUUACUACAAUUAAUUUUAAAACAAAUUUUGUUUUGUUUGCUUAAGAGGUCGUGGCAAGCACUAUACUAUUGAUCAAAGAAAAUUAAUUUUAAAUUAGGUGAAAGAAGAAAAUGUUUACACCGAUAUUCAAAAGCACUCGUCCUCUGCAAAAAUGAUUUCGAACGCUAUAAAUUUUUAAGAAAAGCCGGAAAACGCGGAAAAAACCCCUCUUGUAGACGACAGAAGUAUUAGUACAAUCAGCAAGUCGGACCCUUUUAAAUUGGCUAGGCGGAUAAAUUAGUGAUAGGACUGUAAGGAGUAUGAAAGACUAAGGAGUUUAGAAAGACACAAUUGUGAAAAAUAUAUCCGUUUAAAAUUGAAAGGUUUAAAAAAUGUAAAUUAUAUAAAAUAGGGGUUUUCGGGUUACCACCAACAAGAAGAUGAUCACUGUGGUAUUGUGUUCCUAUAUAAACAAUAGGGGUAUUCAGACCGAAACCUGUUAAUUUGGUAAUUCGUUAGUUGAUACUUCGUUAAAAGCUUAACUGUGAACAUACUUUUUGCUCUACCGCUGUAGAGCUGAUUCAAUAUUAUUAAAGAGUUAAAAUGCCUCAACAAAGUGCAAAAUCAAAAAUUGUCAGUCAUUUAAUUGAAAAUUAUGUGGAUCAGAUCAAAUUUAUUACUGGUAAGUACUUUAAAUUCAUGUACAGAGGAGCAUGGAACUAACUUUCAAAUUGGCACGAUUCCGAUUACUUUGGCGGAGGGGUAAAAAAAACCGAAUUUCCGUAUAAAUGGGGUAUGUGCG